AAAAAGAAAAAAAGAAAAAAAAACUUGUGUUGUGUGUGAGAGAGAGAAAGGGAGAGAGAGAGUAGAAGAGCUUUCUGGUCUCGGGACUGCUUCGUCGCCGCAUCUUCCGAUCUCCAGUGGCUGCUGCUCUCUGAGCUCCGAUCAUCCGUGCGGUGGUCUGGCUGGUUCUUUUGACGAACCGUGGGGAUUCGCUGGUGAAGUUGUUGCGGAGGUAGAGGCCGUCGAGAUGAUGAUGAUGACGUCACUCGGAUGCGGAGGAGGUGGAGGUGGUGCUGGUGGCGGUGGUUCCGGCGGUAGGUUUAUGGCGUACUCUCCGUCUCCGUCGGUGGCUCCGUCUGCUCCUCAGUCGCCUAACAUCUCCUGUGGUCUUCGAUCACAGCCCUCGGUCCUCGUUGAGCAGGAGAAGUAUCUUUCAGAGUUGCUAGCAGAGCGUAACAAGCUCAGUCCAUUCUUGCCUGUUCUUCCACAUGCCUAUCGGUUGCUGAACCAGGAAAUUUUGCGUGUAACCACACUGUUGGAGAAUGCCUCAGUUUUAAGUCAGACUGGGCUUGACCACCCUAGCCCUCUGUCUUCUGGAGGGAUAUUUCAAAAUGCAAGAGCUGACGUGAACGGAUGGACUUCACCAUUUCAAUCAGAAAGAUCUGUCUCAUCAUCACCAGCACCAAAUUGGCUAAACUCUCCUGGUAGCUCGUCGGGUCUCAUUGUUAAGCGAGCAAUCAGGGUGGAUAUUCCGGUUGAACAGUACCCAAAUUACAAUUUUGUCGGCCGCCUCCUGGGUCCUAGAGGAAACUCUAUCAAACGAGUUGAAGCAAGUACUGAUUGUCGUGUCCUGAUAAGGGGGAGAGGCAGCAUUAAGGAUCCAAUCAAGGAGGAAAUGAUGAGAGGAAAGCCGGGGUAUGAACACCUGAAUGAGCCACUCCAUAUCUUAGUCGAGGCAGAGCUACCCAUCGAGAUUGUGGAUGCACGUCUCAUGCAAGCUCGUGAAAUCUUAGAAGAUUUGCUUACUCCCAUGGAAGAAACCCAUGAUUUCUACAAGAAACAGCAGCUCAGAGAGUUGGCUUUGCUCAAUGGAACUCUGAGGGAGGAAGGGUCUCCAAUGUCUGGUUCGGUCUCUCCUUACAACAGCCUCGGCAUGAAGAGAGCCAAGACCAGGGGAUAAGUUCUUGCUCUCUCACUCUCUGGCCUUUCGAAAAAGGGGUAUGCAUUCGCAGAGCUUUCCAAGUGAAUGCUUUCCACUCUCUCUCUCUCGGUCUGCAGGUACCGCCUCUUGUCUUGUCCCUCGAAUAAAAUUUGUCAUAUACGACAUAUGUUGCUUAUUAUCGGUUUGUCAUGGAGAAGAUUAUACGACUGGGGCUAUAGGCAGGCAGAGGGGAAUGCGUCUGGCUUGUCCCGAGACUUUGGGCUUGUUUUUAUUUAUUUUUUUAUUUAUUUGUGAUUAUGAAACUUGGUUAUUCUUUUUUUUUAUUUUAUAAGCCGUGUUUGGUUAGCCAACUUUGGUACAACGUUGUUAUAUGGUCCUUUUGAGACGUCCUUUUAAAUUGUAUUUGCAUACAAAGCAUCAACUAAAUGAUCUUCUGUAUCUUUAGUUA